UCGAAUAUACAGGGGCAUAGGUGUCUAUAGAAUUGUUCUCUUUUUAGUUUUAACAAACUCUCUGUUGAAUUCAUGGUUCAUUUUGGGAGAAGGAAUGCCAAAAUUUAUAGGACCUGAUUUUGAUUAUGAAUUGGCUUCAGAUGAUGAACUCAAGCAGUAUUUACAACGGUAUGGUGUCCAUUACAGCCUUAACACAAUUCUAAACAUGCUGGAGCCAGAGAGUACAAAAGAUAAGACGAUCCAAAUUCUACUGGGAAAGUUCUACCAGGACAAACUCAAGGCUCCCAGCUCCAUUCCUCCUCCACUCUUCAGACACCCUAUCAUAUCCAUAGAUGGAUUCUUCACACACGGGAGAACCAAGGUGGCCAAGAUGGUAGCAUCUGCGCUGAACGGGCGUAGAAUGCUGAUGCCAACACGACACAUUGCCAGGCUGAGGGGGUACAUCACUGAUGAGACACUGCGGAAACAAUACUACGCUCUGGCCAAGUACAUGGGGGCCAACAUGGCAACACUGUACUGCCGUACUGCCCCUGUCAUACUGGAGCGGUACUGGCAUGAUCAAGUUGCAUACGUGAUAGCUAAAAGCUUUGAAAGCAAAAUUUCAAGUAACUCCAGUAUAUAUGACUUCCCUAAGGAUCUGCUUGUUCCCGAUUUGAUGUUUUUUGUGACUGGAGCUCUUGAUCCGAAAGAGUACAACGAGUCAACAGUAGUGAAUCAUAUCAAUAACGAGAUGGCUUUAAGGAUUGCCGAAGCUUCAAGAAAAAUCAGACCAAAACCAAUAGAAAUCGGUCCACCGAGCCUUCCUUCAACAAUGGUUAAAAAAAUAUUGGCUGUAGUGGAUCAGUUCAGACACAGAUUCUUGUCCAAGCCUCUACAUAGACCUAACUGGCGAAACAACUGACAGCUGUUCCAUUUUUUUAUUUCACUACUAAACAUAUGGUACCUCAUGGCAUUGAAUUCAAAUAUUGAAGUAGACAUCUCAGCUUCAUGACACGCUGUAGCCAAUCUUAUAAUACAAUUUAACAUGGAUAGUUAAGCCACUCAUUGAGUAUGCUACAGUGGUAAUUCUGGUUUCUCCCUUAGUUUUGGGUUUACGGUAUUGGAUAUGGCAUAAAAGAUGCUUUAGUUUGCAAUAUGUUACAACAUACUGACUCAGAAUAUGACUCAGAAUAUUGUACAAGCUCUCUUUUAGUUUUGGUUAAAAAGACUGUGUAUUUGACAGAAAACAGAAAUUGUCAUCAGACUUAUGGACAACAUUGCUAAAUAUCUCAUAAAUUAAAAAUAAAUAUAGAAAGCCAUAACGCCCGUAACUA